AAACUUAAGAAUGUGGCUUUAAGCCUUCCGGCGUGGCCAUGGCGGCUAACUCGACCACGAACCUGUCUCAGCUCCUGCCACUGGAGCUCGUGGACAAGUGUAGAGGAUCCAGAAUUCACAUUGUGAUGAAGAGUAAUAAAGAAAUUGUUGGAACACUUCUAGGAUUGGAUGACUUUGUCAUUAUGGUGUUGGAAGACGUCACUGAGUUUGAAAUUACACCAGAAGGAAGACGGAUUACAAAAUUAGAUCAGGUUUUACUAAACGGAAAUAAUAUGACAAUGCGGGUUCCUGGAGAAGGGCCUGCAGUAUGA